ACUCAGAGUCUUAAAAAUCGAAGCUUUGCAAUUUUCACCCGUACUGCAGUGGCAGCAGGAGAGAUUCGAUGGCAGACGAGAGUGACGCCGCGAGAGGUGGCUAUAUGAACGUGCCGAUGGGCUCUUCGAUUCCUCCCGGCGGUGACACAGUUUGGGCCGAUGUUUCGUCUCUUCUCCGCCUCGCUUGCGACGAUCUCAAUUUUGAUGAGCUUAUACAUGGAGAAAACUUUAAUCUGUUCGCGGCGAUGUCUGCUUUAGAGAUAAUGGACCCAAAGAUGGAUUCAGGUAUUGUUUCUACGUAUUACUCUGUUGAUGAAGCCAUUGAUAAAGGUGCUGCUCCUGUUCCAUUAAGCUAUGAUAGAACGAUUGACAUUCAGUGUAUAAUUGACAUAAUGGACCAUCUUCUAGCUCUUGAGGCAACAUGGCAUAAGGGGGGUUCAUUGGCUCAAACCGUUUUCUCUUGCAUCUACCUGUUGAGGCCUGAGAGAACAUCAUCACAUGCUUUGCUGCAUUCAUUCUGCAGAAUCAUUCGUAUAACUUGCAAUGCUGUUGUUUCAGCUGUUUUAGAUGCACGAACGAAUGAAGAAGAAGAUCUUUUCACCAUGGCUUAUGGUCUACCAUUAAAAGUCGAUGGAGAUGAAAAAUGCUUAUCUAUGCUUCAUGCAAUUGAAGAAACAAUUUGUCGCCAACUGAAAGCUUGUAAAGCAUCCUUGCCUAAAAGGAGAACUGUAGAAGAUGUAGAGCCACUGCAGAAUAAUCCUGAUCUAGAAGAAGGACUUUGCAAAGCUGUUUUAUGCCGUUUACGUUUUCGUAAGCAUUUUUACCAUGUGCUGAUGUGUUUGAGGAAGCCUCAACGCAAAGGGUUAGAGUUAGCUCAAAAACAUAUUGUUUGUUGCUCGUCUGAGCUAGACGCUAUGCUUAAGUCAGAAGAUUUUCUGAGGCAAAACAGUGCAAGUGGAACUUCAGAGGACUAUAUAGAAAAUAAAACAACAGCCUCUGGUUGUAUGCCAGUAGGUUUUGAUUCUACAUUGAACAGUAGAUCUGCUGCCCCAACCCCACCUCGAUCAAUUAAACUGCUCAGCUGGAUAAAGGCUGUUAAUUAUUUUCAGGAUCUUCUUCGUGAUCUGGAAUUCAUAUGUUCUUGCUCCUUGGAUCCUGCUUUUGAUUCUGCCUUGCGUUUUAUUGUUGACUUUCAGAAGCUUCAACCAGAUUUAGUUGCUAGAGCUUAUGCCCAGCUUCUGCUGGUUCAAGAUGGGAAAUUGUAUGGACGUGAACCUAUGUUUGCUGUUAUUUGCAAAGCUGCCCUGCUACCUGAUGGGACAAAGAGUCAUGAUCUCCAAAAUAAUGAAACUUUUGUGCAAUUAGGGCAGUUAGUGAUAAGUUUGCUGAGAGUUCUAUGUGCUAACAUGGCAUGGCAAAGGCGUAAACUUGGGAAGCUCUUACAGGAUUGGCAAGUAAUAUAUGUACAGAUGGAAUUGGCAUUCAGAAAGGAGUUUGGAGAUAUCACAAGCACAUCCAUCUAUCAGAAUCCAUUUGCGAAGAUCUUCAGACACAUUCUCAUUUGGGUAGAGGAGCAAACAUACUGGAUAGCUUUGCGUUUCCUUGUGCUGGGAUUCGAGCUAGAGCUGUACUCGACCAGUGAAUAUUGCAUGGUGUAUUGGUACAUUUAUGUUGUUCUGGUCAAACUCGCUGAGAAAAGUCAUCUCAAAAUGAUGCUGAGCAAUGAAUCUACAGGUCGGCGGAAAUCGAAAAAGAAGAAAAAUUUUGUUAAGGAUGCGGCAAAUGACUAUCAGAUCCCAGCCGCUGUCUUAUUGCUUCAGUGCUACAUCUAUGUUGCAGAAGGUCUUAUGAUGAUGCUUGCUGCUUUGAGGAAUGAAAAUGGAAACUUUCUCUGUCGGGGCCCUUUUAACACCGAGCAAGAGAGAUUUCUCCAGCACUUUGAGCUAUUGCAAAAGGCUUGCCUUCCCGACAACGUAUCAUUCCUUUCAUUCAUGGAAGCUACGGCCCAUAUUCGAUUCUCUACUCUCUCCAUGUAUGAUUGCUUCAAAGAUGCUCAGAGAAUAGCCAAAGAUCUUCGGGGCAAUUUUUCUAGUGAUCCGGGAAGAAUCGAAGAGCUUCGCCGCAUCGAACAGGUGGCUGAACAUAACGCCGUUGCUCUCAACCUUCUUUCCCGGUUAGGCGCUCUUGAACCUUCACUUAAGACAUCGUUUGAAUUUAUUCACCAUCCGCACUUUGCUCUUGCCGUUGUGAAGAGGUCUUGAUGAUCCGAAAAAUUUUGGUUAUUGAUUUUAGGUUCCCUGUUGUAGCUUUUUGUUAGAUUUUUGCAUUUUCUUCAUUGAUUUGCCUUUCCUCCUUCAAGAAGUGUAUAAUCGUGCAAUUUCCGAAUUCGAUAGAAAAGAAUAUAUUGAAGGAUGUUUGCAUUUUAUGUGGUGAGUUUUUUAUGGUUUGAUAGGAUAAGAAUACUCAUAACCAUUCCUUGAUUUUUAUGAAAAGCUCUUGUUGUGAAUUUUUGUGAU